AUGAUGAAAAGAAAAUAUGUAUUUACUAUUGGUACGAGUUCACUAGAUGCAUAUGACAAAUUACCGGAGUUACACAAAACAACGCUAUCCGAGUUUGGAAAUAAGGAAGUACUGCUAAAAUCUAUUGAUAAACAAUUCGUAGAAAUUAUUAAUCAAGAAAUGUUCAAUACUGAUAUAAUGGAUAGAUUGCUUAUGUUAAUAAACUCAAUAUAUAAGUGUACUGAAAAUCAUUUCGAAGGAAGUAAAAUCUAUCUUUUUGGAUCACGUAUGUCAGGUCUUGCACUUAAAGAUAGUGACGUGGACUUAUACUUUUGUAUCGCUGGCACUUUUGGCGGAGCAUUAAGUACUGAUCGGGAUUGUCAAAAGGAACUAGUAGGUUAUUUAGGAAAAAUAUUUUCUUGUCAAAGUAAUGAAUAUAAAUAUAUACGACAAAUAACUAGAGCACUCGUACCUAUUGUAAAAUUUUUACAUGUCCCUACUGGCCUAUAUUGUGAUAUAUCUUUCAAAAGUGGCCUCAGUACCCAAAACACUAAAUUAAUCAGAUUGUAUUUAUCAUUGAAUGAACGUGUUCACUGGGUAGUCUGUGCAGUUGUGAAACGUUGGGCGUUACAAAAUUAUAUGAAACAUACUUCGAUGUUUACUAGCUUUGCUUUAACAUGGUUGGUUCUCUUUUAUUUGAUGGCUACUGAAGUUGUACCUCCAUUAAAAUUGCUCAGAGAACAUGCAGAUUAUUCAAAAAAUACAUUUGAAUCAGAUUUAAUGUUUAUAGAAGAUUGGGAUUGUACCGUUUGCACUCUAGAAAAAGCCAAACAAAUUUGGGAAGUACCAACGAUUUCUUGUUGGGACUUAUUAUUUGGAUUUUUUAAAUUUUAUUCAGACUCUGGUGAUCUUAAGCAAUAUGUUUUUUGUCCAGCUAUUGGAAAGGCUAUACGUAAAGACAAGUUUCAUCAAAUUCCAAUCUUACAUCCAGAUAUAUUAAAUUUUAACAAAAAAAAAAAUGGAAACCCUUUUGACUGGUCUAAAGUAUUAAAAUAUACAUUUUGUGGUGAAAAUCUUGCACUACAAGAUCCUUUUGAUCUUUUCAACAAUUUAACAAGAUGUAUAGUACCUAGAAAGCUACAGAUUUUCUCUCAUUUAUGCAAUAAAACAAUGGAAGUUAUGAAAAAUCAAGUCCAAAAAAAUUAUAAUUUAUCUUAUAGUCAAAAUAAUUAA